GAAAAGUAUACAAUAAGUUCCUAUUCUUCCAGUUCAUAUCCAUUUCAGGUCCAUCAAUUAAUGGACAUCAAAGAACUUAGCCCAUUUCUUCUAUGCUUAUUCUCUAUAUUAGCCCCCACAAUCUUUAUCAUCUUGUUCAAAUUAAGCCAAAGCAGAAACAAUAAAAAUGUACCACCAGGGGAAAUGGGAUUCCCAUGGAUAGGCGAAACGAUCAAGUUCUACAGAGCUCAACGUAAAAACAGGUUAUUCGAAGAUUUCAUCCAACCCCGGAUGAUAAAACAUGGAAAAAUCUUCAAAACACAUCUUAUGGGAUCGCCAACGGUGAUACUAAAUGGAGCUAAUGCUAAUAAGUUUCUUCUGUCCAACGAGUUCAAGAUGGUUGUGAGCUCAUGGCCUUCGUCUUCGGUUCAGCUCAUGGGGAAAGAAUCCAUCAUGGAAAAGCAAGGAGAGAGACAUCAAUGCCUCAGGGGUCUUAUAGGCACAAGCCUUAGCCAUGCAGGGCUUGAAGCCUUAGUUCCAAAAAUAUGCAACUAUGUUCAGCAUCAUUUGGACCAAAACUGGAAAGGCCAAGACAAGAUUAGCCUAUACCGUUCCGCAAAAACUUUGACAUUUUCUAUAGUGUUUGAGUGUUUUGUAGGGAUCAAUGUGCACCCGGAUACUUUGGCAAUUUUCGAGAGAGUUUUGGAAGGUGUUUUCGCACCACCUAUUCAGUUUCCUGGCUCCAAAUUCUCUAGAGCAAGGAAAGCAAGGUUGGAGAUAAAGAAGAUGCUGGUUGAAGUUGUAAGGGAGAUGAGGAAGCAGAUGGAAGAAAAGCAGGAAGGAGGAGAAGCAGGAGGGAUGUUACUAUCUCGGUUGGUUGCUGGUAUGAUUCGCGGUGAAAUCAGCGAAGAAGAGGUUGUUGAUAAUGUGGUUUUGCUAGUUUUUGCAGCUCAUGAUACUACUUCUUUUGCAAUUGCCAUGACAUUCAAGAUGGUAUAUCAGCACCCAAAUUGCCAUGGUCUCCUACUUCAAGAACAUGCGGAUAUAAUGAUGAACAAAAGGCAUGGAGAAAAUCUGACACUGGAUGACAUAAAGAAAAUGAAGUAUACAUGGCAAGUUGCUCGAGAGAGCAUGCGACUAUUCCCUCCAAUCUUUGGCUCUUUCAGAAAAGCAAUCACUGACAUUGAAUACGAAGGAUUUACCAUUCCUAAAGGAUGGAAGGUGUUGUGGACAGCAUAUGGAACACAUUAUGAUGCAGAGUAUUUUCAAGAUCCUUUGAGUUUCAAUCCAAGUCGGUUUGAAGAGCCAGUCCCACCGUAUGUUUUUCUUACAUUUGGGGGAGGGCCAAGAUUGUGUGUUGGAUAUCAACUGGCUAAGUUGAAUAUCUUGAUCUUUGUCCAUUAUGUCGUAACAUGUUAUGAUUGGUCUUUGAUCUAUCCUGAUGAAACUAUCACCAUGGACCCUCUUCCAUUUCCCUCCCAUGGAAUGCCCAUCAACAUUUCCCCCAAGUUGUAACAAGCUCACCAUACAAAAUGAAAGUCAUACAGCAGCAAACACUUUACUUUCUGUGUAUCUGUUAGCUAAUUUUUAUUAAUUAAACAGCUAUUUGAGUUUGCAGCAGCAAUAACAUGACAAAUUUCUGGGUUUAAUUCUAAAUCAGAUGUUAAUUAUGCUUACUUCUAAAUUAAUUAGUUGAGAUGGAUGUGGAAUAACUAAGGAUUUAUCAGACUUAAAUAACUGACGAAAAGAAAAUAAAACGCACUAUAACAUGAAUGAAAAAAAGAUUGAGAAUUAACAUGAGAAACACAAAUGAAUUAGCCAUGAUAAAUGCUUUGGCUUUAUAAGACAUGUAAAGCAUCCUUCCUCUUUUCCAUUUCUAUCUUUUCUUUUCUUCUUUGUUAAAUUGCUUGUUGAUAAUCACUG